UCCCUUGCAAUUUGUCUCUCACCUUUCUGUACCUUGUUGGUCCCAUCCAACUCUAAAAGAUAAUCAUUUACUAACCAUUGUCUGAGCAUUGGACUCAUUCAUUUUCCUCUCCCCAGUAAAACGUUAAUAAUUAGAAUAUGAGCUACAACGGCUAAUGUGUACACACAUUAAAUAAGCCUGUAUCCCUCUUAUUAAUCUGCAUAAUGUAGUUUCAGCAAACCUCAGAGGUCUUUGUUCUUACGUCUAGAUUAGGAAUAAACCUUGAACCUUGACCAUAAGUAUAUUCCUAAUAAUUUACCUUUUCAGAUAAGGGCCGGCCCACUUACACGAGUGGAAAAUGUGUCGUGUCCUACUCGUGUAAACUUUAACUAAAAUAACGAUCCCCACCCAGUGCUGUUAGACCGUUUUAUUCAGUGCCAUAACCACUCACUAACCUACACAAUGCUAAAAUUAUACACAAAAUUGCAAAUCAAAAUGCCUUGAGUUUCUAGUCUAAGCAAGCUAGAUAGACCCUGCGGGGGGGAGAGAAUCGUGCGGUGUUGGUGGAGGAUGCCAGUCCUGUGCUCAGAGCAAGAGGCAGAGAAGCUUGAUUCUUUGCUCUCAGACUACGAUAUACUCUCUUUAUCCAGUAUCCAGCAGCACUCAGUAAGAAAAAGGGAUCUACAGGCCUCAACACAUUUAGAGAGACUGCUUACUUUUUCCGCCUUGAAAAGGCAUUUCAAAUUGUACCUGACAUCGAGUACUGAACGCUUUUCCCAGAAUUUCAAAGUUGUGGUGGUGGAUGGUAAAAAUGAAAGCGAGUACGCCGUAAAGUGGCAGGACUUCUUCAGUGGACAUGUGGUCGGUGAGCCUGACUCUAGGGUUCUAGCCCACAUAGGAGAUGAUGAUGUUACAAUACGAAUCAACACAGAUGGGGCAGAAUAUAACAUAGAGCCGCUUUGGAGAUUUAUUAAUGAUACUGAAGACAAAAGAAUCUUAGCUUACAAAUCUGAAGAUAUCAAGAAUGUUUCACGCUUGCAGUCUCCAAAAGUGUGUGGUUAUUUAAAUGUUGAUAAUGAAGAGUUGCUUCCAAAGGGACUAAUAGUCAGAGAGCCACCUGAAGAGCUUGUUCGCCGGGUGAAGAGGAGAGCCGAUCCUGAUCCCUUGAGGAACACAUGUAAAUUGCUGGUGGUAGCAGACCAUCGCUUUUACAGAUACAUGGGCCGAGGGGAAGAGAGCACGACCACAAAUUACUUAAUAGAGUUAAUUGACAGAGUCGAUGACAUCUAUCGGAACACUUCAUGGGACAAUGCAGGUUUUAAGGGUUAUGGAAUCCAAAUAGAACAGAUUCGCAUUCUCAAGUCUCCACAAGAGGUAAAACCUGGUGAAAGGCACUACAAUAUGGCAAAAAGUUACCCAAAUGAAGAUAAGGAUGCCUGGGAUGUGAAGAUGUUGCUGGAGCAAUUUAGCUUCGAUAUAGCUGAAGAAGCAUCUAAAGUCUGCCUGGCACAUCUUUUCACGUAUCAAGAUUUUGAUAUGGGAACUCUUGGAUUAGCGUAUGUUGGAUCUCCUAGAGCGAACAGUCAUGGAGGUGUUUGUCCAAAAGCUUAUUAUAGUCAACUUGGGAAGAAGAAUAUCUAUUUGAAUAGUGGAUUGACCAGCACAAAAAAUUAUGGUAAAACCAUCCUUACAAAGGAAGCUGACCUGGUUACUACUCAUGAACUGGGGCACAAUUUUGGAGCAGAACAUGAUCCGGAUGGUCUAGCAGAAUGUGCCCCGAAUGAGGACCAGGGAGGAAAGUACGUCAUGUACCCCAUAGCUGUGAGUGGCGACCAUGAGAACAAUAAGAUGUUUUCAAACUGCAGUAAACAGUCAAUCUUCAAGACCAUUGAGAGCAAGUCCCAGGAGUGUUUUCAGGAGCGCAGCAACAAGGUGUGUGGGAACUCCAGGGUGGACGAGGGCGAGGAGUGCGACCCAGGCAUCCUGUACCUGAACAACGACACCUGCUGCCACAGCAACUGCACGCUGAAGCCGGGGGCCCGGUGCAGUGACAGGAAUAGCCCUUGCUGUAAAAACUGUCAGUUUGAGACUGCCCAGAAGAAAUGCCAGGAGGCUAUUAAUGCUACUUGCAAAGGCGUGUCUUACUGCACAGGUAAUAGCAGCGAGUGCCCGCCUCCGGGAAAUGCCGAGGACGACACGGUGUGCCUGGACCUGGGCAAGUGCAAGGAUGGGAAAUGCAUCCCAUUCUGCGAGAGGGAGCAGCAGCUGGAGUCCUGUGCAUGCAACGAAACUGACAACUCCUGCAAGGUGUGCUGCCGUGACCACGCCGGCCGCUGCAUGCCCUACGUUGAUGCUGACCAGAAGAACUUAUUUUUGAGGAAAGGAAAGCCCUGUACAGUGGGAUUUUGUGACGUGAAUGGCAAGUGUGAGAAGCGAGUGCAGGAUGUAAUCGAGCGCUUCUGGGACUUCAUUGACCAGCUGAGCAUCAACACUUUCGGGAAGUUCUUAGCAGACAACAUCGUAGGGUCCGUCCUGGUUUUCUCCUUGAUAUUUUGGAUUCCUUUCAGCAUUCUCGUCCACUGUGUGGAUAAGAAGCUGGACAAACAGUAUGAGUCUCUGUCCCUGUUCCACCCUAGUAAUGUGGAAAUGCUGAGCAGUAUGGAUUCAGCCUCAGUUCGCAUCAUCAAGCCCUUCCCCGCACCCCCCACUCCAGGCCGUCUGCAGCCCUUGCAGCCUGCCCUGGGGAUCCCACCAGUGCCUGCAGCCCCAAAGCUGGACCACCAGAGAAUGGACACCAUCCAAGAAGACCCCAGCACAGACUCACACGUGGAUGAGGAAGGCUUUGAGAAGGACCCGUUCCCCAACAGCGGCACGGCUGCCAAGUCGUUUGAGGACCUCACAGACCACCCAAUCACCAGAAGUGAAAAGGCCGCAUCCUUUAAACUGCAGCGGCAGAACCGUGUUGACAGCAAAGAGACAGAGUGCUGAUGUGGGCCGCGCUCUGAGCUCUAAGUGUGCAGGUAUUUGUCUGGCUUUGACCUGAGAUCCCAGCGCGUGUCUUGUGAAGAUUUGGGAGAAGCAAGGAAGGGGUUUACAGCAGAUGCUGGUCACAUGCCUGGACCGCCGUCCUUCGCAUCAGUGCGUGUGUGGUCAGACCCUGUUCCUGGAAGAGGUCAGGUGAAUCUAGCUUAUUUUGAGGCUUUCAGGGUUUUGUUUUUGUUUUGUUUUGUUUGCCUUUAAAGUAUCCUUCAACCUGUGGUGCAGAAGCAGAAAACUACAGCUGGGUUAGGCUGUGAUCUUUACAUUUUUGUAAAUUAACCUUUUAUACUGGUAAUAGCACUGAUUAGGGGGAUGAUCAGUCUUUCUUUUUAUACACUGUAAUGAUCUAUGAGCAUAAUGAAGCAUUUAGCAGCUAUUCGUCAGGACAACUGGAACACAGUAAUUUAUUUCCUUUGCCUUUAAGGGAAGACUAGGGAGAUAAACCUAGUUGUAUUAUUUCCAAAAUGUGGGCGCUUCUAGGUAUUACCCAGAACUUUUAGCAGCAGGGAAAAUUUUAAUCUGACCAUAGAAAAGAGUUUGUGUUACUAUGACUCUUCAUAAUUCUAAGGUUAGUACUUGGUAGAAUUAAAAUAAACUCGCUUAUCGUGAGGGUUACAAAUAGUAACCAGUUGAAUCUGUAGAAUCCUGCUGACUGCUUAAGGCCUCCAUUGACUGGGCAGAGUUUUGUUUCUAAGUAGCUUCAUGUCCCUAAUCUUGUUGCAAGCUCUUAAUUUCCCUGUCUGCAGACCUCAUCAGGGUGUGAUUAGGAAGACUGCGGUGUUUGCAAAUGGUAGUGGACAGGGGUCAGAUGCUCUCUACCACGCCAACAGGCUGUUUGGAGGGUGAUGCGCAGUGAGCCUGCCUGCCUGGGCUGCGAUUGCCCUGUGGGACAGACUCCAGAAGCCCCCCGGCACCCACCUGUGGGUCUGCAUCACCCCUCGCUUUAGUGCUUGAGUGCGUCAGGGCUCCGCAUGGCCCGCACUGACUGUGUGAAGGUAAAAGUCGCUAGCCAGGAUUCUGUUCCACACAAUUAGAGGUUUAAAAGCGUUUUCCUGAGAACUGCAAUGUGUUCACCAGGCGAGUCACCUGAACUGAGAUGACUUGUAAAGGUCACAGGCCAUAAACUGACCCUGUGACGAAUCAUGGCUCCGCAGGGCGUUCCUUGCGCAGAUACCUGUUACACUAAUACUUGAACUUGUACCUUAUGGUAUUGGCUUUUAACCAGUCAUGCUAUUCUUAUAUUUCAUUUACACUUUUGAAAUUUGAUGAGGUGAGUGGGGUGUAUUGGGUGUAUGUGUGAAACAGUUCUCAGAAUGUAAGAAAACCAUUUUUAUAAAAUUGUGACUUUUUAAAAAAA